CGCAUUCAACGCAGUGACAUGUAGCUGCCGUCGCUUAUCCUCAGUCCUAAAUGAGUGACCUAGAUUUGUAGUAGAGAUGUGGUUAAAUGUUUCGGGCGGGUGUGUAGAACUCUUCCCCCACUCCGUGUCGAAAACAGACGAGUCCUGGAGCUAACUCGCAGUUUACGGGGCGUUCAGCCUACAGCAAAAGUUCUGCAAGAAUUUUGGUCAGAGUUUAAAUUGACGCUUAAAUUGCCAAAAUGGAGAUUCAAGAAGGCGCAGCGGCCGCGGGCGACUGCGUGCUUGACUUUUCUCGUUUGAGCCUCGGCGCUUUUAGCGUUGACAGUAUCAGCGACGAGAGGAAAAGGGACACCAGACAACUCUACCUGAACUACAACCGGCUAACCUCGCUGCCCUCGUCAGUCAGCCUUUUCUGCAACCUCGAGUUUUUGGACAUCAGCAACAACGGACUGUCGGCCAUCUGUGAGGGCAUUACACGACUGACCAGGCUGAGGACGCUGGUGGCCAAGAACAACCGGCUGGACGAGUUCUCGUUGCCCAAAGAGUUCGGCUCUCUGCAGCUGGAGGUGUUGAACUUUAGUGGGAACCGAUUUGAGGAAAUUCCGCUUCAGUGUAUGAAACUGCUGCGUCUGCAGUCGCUUUCACUCGGCGGAAACAGACUGAAAAGUAUACCUGCAGAGAUAGAAAAUUUAUCCAGUCUGGAGCUGUUGUAUCUGGGUGGGAACCUUAUCUCAGCCAUUCCUCCAGAAGUGGCUAACCUGCCCUACCUCAGUUACCUGGUCCUGUGUGACAACCGCAUCCAAAGUGUCCCCCCGCAGCUCACCAGGCUCCACUCACUGAGAUCUCUGAGUCUCCACAACAACUUACUCACUUACCUGCCGAGGGAGAUUCUCAGCCUGGUGCACCUGCAAGAGCUCAGUCUCCGUGGCAACCCACUGGUGGUGCGCUUUGUCAAGGAGAUGACCUACGACCCCCCUUCACUACUUGAGUUAGCGGGACGCACCAUCAAGAGCCGAAAUAUUCCCUACUACCCCUGUGACCUGCCCUCAAACCUGCUGCGUUACCUGGACCUGGCCAGCAAGUGCCCCAACCCCAAGUGUGCAGGCGUCUACUUUGAUUCAUGUGUGCGCCAGAUCAAAUUUGUGGACUUCUGUGGAAAGUACCGGCUGCCCCUCAUGCACUACCUGUGCUCCCCUGAGUGCACCUCGCCCUGCAGCUCCAACCCGCAGAGCGACGCGGACUCGGAGGACGAGAGCAGCGUGCCCGCUUACCGCCUGCAGAGGGUGCUUCUGGGAUAGUACGACACAAAGGGGUCUAUCACUCUGUUCAACAUUUAUUCAGAGAUGAACUUGGCUGUCAUACACUUACAGACCACUCCACAUAAACACACAUAAACACACAUGCACACACACACACACACACACACACACACACAAACACUAGCUGUUUUCCAGACAGAGGGUGCAUGUAAUGCACAAAAUGUGAGACUGCGGUCCUUCCUGCUGUGGCCCUGAAAACAUGUUUUUUUGAAUGGAAUCCGUUCCCGCUCGCCACACAUCACUGUGCACAACAUGAGUGAAGGAAACCUGAUAUUUCCCAUGUAGCAAUGCAAACCCAGUCUGCCAGUCAUGACUCCAUCAAAGUGCUGGUCUCAUGGUCGAGCAUAAGAGGGCAGUAAAACUCAGUGAAGACUGAAGGAGCCACAGGAUUCUUUUCCUUUUCAGGGCAACAUGCUUUAUCUUUCAUAUAACACUUGGUGCGUUUUAGUAGCGACAGCACAUCAUUCUGCAUAUUCUGAAAGUUUUGAAAUGGACAAUGUGGUUUUUGCCAAGUAGGGAAAAAAGUGCGAUUUUUGAGGUAUUUCAGCAGAAGCUAUGACAUUAGUUUUACACUACAGCAUUCGAAAUUGAUUCAGUACAGUAUGUGGGAUGGCCUUAUUUACACUCUGUGUGGUCCUGCUGGGUAAAGGUCUUGUGCACUAAAGCUGUCCCACACAAUAUUGAAAGAUCAAGGGUUGUCUGUUUUUGGUCAUCACACACCAGCCCUGUAAACGUUCGCCACGAUGGCAUAGUAGUUUUAAAUGAACCGAAAAUAUGGUUUGUGUGAGUAUGUGGAAGAAAGCUCGUCCAGGCGUACUCACGGGAAGUGGAUGUGGGGUGGACCAGGGGAAACCAUUCACUGUGUUAGCACUGAAACAAUAGCUAUUCAGCAAAACACAGCGGCAGCCUGCAUGUUUAUGUUGAGGGCUGUCGUGAGAAUAUAGGUGUGUGUAAAUGGAGCCCACAGCCAGAGGGGUGUUUUUUUUUGUUUUUGUUUUUUUUUUUCUUUGUAAUAAUUCUUUCAGAGACAGAAACGCCUUCAUUUCGUUUCUGUUCCUGGCUGCAUCCCUGCUUGUUUGGUAAAGCUAGGAGAUCUUACAGGCUCCCAGACGGUUUGUGUCCAUUAGCGAGGGAGAAAACUUCCCGCUGGCUUCACAUUAGUCCGUAGUGUUUAGAAAACAGAAGAAUGCUCCUCUGUUACAAUAACACCUAUACUAGAAUGUUUUAAGUGCCUUACUAAUGGUGACUUCUAACACAGCUAAAGUGAGUAUAAAAAAAUGUGAUAUAUGCUUCCUGAAAUGUGACAAGAUAAACAUGAAUUAUACAGUCCUUUCUGAGUGAUUUGUACUUAUAAGCUUACAGUAAACAAAGAGAAAAUGUAACCUUUUUAUAACAAAAUGAACUGCUUUUAUAGAAAUCCUUUUUUCAAAUGUUAAACCCUAUUUAAAUGACCUGCAGAAUAGAUGGCACUUAAGCAGAAAACAUAUUGAGAUAUAUUAAUUGUAUGUGCUUGUACCCCAUUCAGAUAAUGUAAGUAGACUGUACAGUAUAUAAUAACAUAAUAAAGACUGAUUGUAAUA